AUGGCCGCCAACGGGACUAACGCCUUUGCCUACCACGCUGCCUCGAGUGACGAGGCCAUCAAGGCCGAGAGCAAGUAUGCUGCCCACAACUAUCACCCCCUGCCUGUAGUGUUCGCUCGCGCCCAAGGUACUUCCGUCUGGGACCCCGAGGGUCGUCACUACUUGGACUUCCUUUCAGCCUACUCCGCCGUGAACCAGGGCCACUGCCACCCCAAGCUGGUCGCGGCCUUAGUUGAGCAGGCCUCGCGCGUAACCCUGAGCUCGCGCGCUUUUUACAACGAUGUUUUCCCCCGCUUCGCCGAGUUCGUCACGGGCUACUUUGGCUUUGACAUGGUGCUCCCUAUGAAUACCGGCGCCGAGGCCGUCGAGACAGGGAUCAAAAUCGCUCGCAAGUGGGGCUACAAGGUCAAAGGAAUCCCAGAGAAUCAAGCAGUGGUAUUGAGCGCCGAAAAUAACUUCCACGGUCGUACCUUCGCCGCCAUCUCGUUGUCUUCUGAUCCGGAAUCGCGUGAGAAUUACGGCCCUUACCUCCCUGGGAUCGGUUGUACCAUCCCCGGAACCGAGAAGCCUAUUGCCUACAACGACAAGGCUGCUCUCCGCGAGGCCUUCGAGCAGGCCGGCCCUAACCUCGCUGCAUUCCUGGUCGAGCCUAUCCAAGGCGAAGCGGGUAUUGUUGUCCCAGACGAGAGCUACUUGCAGGAAGCUCGCGCUUUGUGUGACAAGCACAACGUGCUUUUGAUCUGCGAUGAGAUUCAGACGGGUAUCGCCCGCACGGGUAAGUUGCUCUGCUACGAAUGGAGUGGGAUCAAGCCCGAUCUUGUCCUGCUCGGCAAGGCCAUCUCGGGUGGCAUGUACCCCGUUUCAUGUGUGCUGGGCAGCAAGGAGGUGAUGCUCACUGUGGAGGCUGGCACCCAUGGCUCAACAUACGGCGGCAACCCGCUGGGCUGCGCUGUCGCUAUCCGGGCACUGCAGGUCAUCCAGGAGGAGAACAUGGUGGAGCGCGCCGAGAAGCUUGGCCAUAUUUUCCGCCGUGGCCUGGUGGACCUCAAGAGUCCCCUCAUCGAGACUGUGCGCGGCAAGGGCCUGCUUAAUGCCAUUGUUAUCGACGAGUCCAAGACCAAUGGCUCCUCUGCCUGGGAUCUGUGCAUGCUGAUGAAAGAGAAGGGCUUGCUGGCCAAGCCGACCCACCAGAACAUCAUCCGUCUGGCACCGCCCCUGGUCAUCACCGAGGAAGAGAUCCAGAAGGCCCUUGACAUCAUCAAGGAAGCUACUGAAGAGCUCCCCACCCUUAAGAGAGGAUGA